AUGGCACUGGUCACCAUCAGGGUGGCUAUUCACCCCAGGGGAAAACCAAUCAAAAGCCUUUCACAGAAGGUCCGCAUCGAUCCGCAUAAUUCAACCGAGGAACUCUACGAUGUUCUUGCUCAAAUGUCGGGGUUAUCUAUCUUUCGCCUGAGGAUCACCAAAAAGAGCGAUAGCAUCUUGGUUGCGAGGUCUAAGGAGUCUACUCUUGAAGAAGCCGGAGUCAAGGACAUGGAUGUAAUUACCGUUAAGGACCUUGGUCCUCAGAUCUCAUGGCGAGCCGUGUUCAUCACCGAAUACCUCGGUCCAGUCUUCAUCCCAGGACUCUUCCUUUUUCAACUACGUCCAUAUCUGUACUCCAACCACGGCACCAUCCCCGAGCCGAGCAGUUUUCAGCUCCUUCUCUGUGCGCUGUUGAUAAUCCACUUCGUAAAACGUGAGUAUGAGUCUAUCUUCGUCCACCGAUUCAGUAAAGUCACAAUGCCCGCGCGCAAGAUUGUCCUAAACAGUGCCUACUACUGCGUGAUGAGCUGCAACAUGGCCUACUGGGCCUUUCGGCCUGACACGACACCAAGCAAUCCUGUACUAUGUUGUGCAGGCCUUGUCCUCUUUGCCUUUGGGGAACUGGCGAACUUGAACACCCACUUUGUGCUCCGCGAUCUCCGUCGUCCCGGGACUCCUGAACGUGGCGUGCCAUACGGAUUUGGAUUCGGUGUUGUGACCUGCCCUAACUAUUUAUUCGAGAUUAUUGCCUGGAUAGGCAUUUGGUUUGUUAGUGGACUCAGUUUGAGCAUUCUUAUUUUUAUCAUUAUCGGAAGUGUGCAAAUGGCGAUAUGGGCUAGGAAGAAGGAGCACCGCUACCGGAAGGAAUUUGGGGGUAAGUACAAGGUUAAGAGGUUUGCCAUGCUUCCCGGUAUUUAUUAA